AUGGGUGCGGAUUUUUUUUAUUUGAACUUGGUGGAGAAUGUAGCCAUGCUUCUGACCAUUUGUGUGCAGUUGACCCCACUGCCCACAAUCCUUGCAAUCGUCAUGAAUGGAUCAACUGAGGAUCACAGUCCGUUUUUCUUCUUAUGCUCGAUGUUGGGUUCUUGGCCCGACAUUUUCGUAUUGAGCAAGGCUAUCGCGGAGAAAAUCUUGUCGCGAUACGGCCCUGGUUUUAAAGGAAAGUCCGUCGCACUUCGCAGGUCCGGCCUGUGGCUCACCUAUGGUUUAGUCGCUGGUUUCAGCUCCAGAAUGAUCACCGUAUUGGCCUUGGCGAGUUUCAGUGAUGCCAUUUACGUGUCGGUCUACUUUUUUUACUGCAAGAAGCAAGAAGAGUUGAAGGGGCAGAUUUGCUUGGUAGGAGGCAUUUUGAUGACGGGCGUGCUUUUCACCAACUUUCUGGGGCUGGAUCGAGACACUGUUCUGUUCGCUUUCGGUUUCGUAGUUUGCAUUGUGACCGCGUUGCUCACUGCAGCUCCCCUUCUGUUGGUCAGAGAUGUUUUGCGAUUUGGCACUUCUGAGCCGUUGCCGUUGCUGAUGAUCGUUCUCACGUUUUUAGUGUCACUUGUCUGGCUAGUGUAUGGCGUGAUGGUUGGAGACAAGUUCAUUCAAGUUCAGAAUGGAAUUUCCGUGUUUCUCGGCCUCGUUCAGCUUCCGUUGCUGGUGUUAUUCCCGAGGGGUUCCAGGGUUCUGCUCGUAUCGUGGCCUACUCGUCCGAUAGGAAUGAUUCUAGGAUCGUCGCGUAAGGAAGUGUUGCUGGACGCCACGGUCGUGGAUCCGUUUUCGCCGGAAAUUGGGAAUGAAUUGUCCAACCCGCACGUGGUGGCUGAUCACUUCCGGGCAUCAGUGUGCACUUGAUGCUACGAGUGACUGCAUGUGAUCUAUAUUCAGGAUUGGAUCCGCAAAAAAACAUUCCUCGAUUUGUGAUAGUUUGUGAUUUUCUGCACUGUUGGGAGUGUGAUUCUUGCCGUAUCGAAAAAUGGUUGAUUUGAUGAAUGCAGAGAUGGAGUUGCCAUAAUUUUCAACUGUGGUGUGGGAAUGAAGGAAAAGCCUCCUUUUAUUUCACUCGUGA